AAGAGGAGAGGCACAACAGAUGUUAAGGCCAGGUGUGGUAUGCGACCACCUAGUGGUAGAGUUCCUACUGGUAGGUCUAGUGUUGGCUUUAUUAAGAGUUUUUUCCCUUCAUAUACCAACCCAGGUGGUCAGCCGCAUAUUCGUGCUGCUAUGACAUCUAAAGAUAUGCUAUAUCAUGCACAAAAGCAGGUAGGGAAAUGGUUUUAUGAUGCAUGUAUUCCAUUUAAUGCAGCUAAUUCUUUUCAAUUCCAAGUCAUGGCAGAUGCAAUUGCUUCUAUAGGCCCCAGAUUCAAAAUGCCAUCAUAUCAUCAGUUGAGGGGCAAAAUUCUUCAGGAUACAGUCAAAGAAGUGUCUGAGCAUUGCAAUGAGUUGAAAUUAUGUUGGAAAGAAACAGGUUGCUCCAUUAUGUCAGAUGGUUGGACUGAUACAAGGUCAAGAACACUUGUAAAUUUUCUUGUUUAUUGCCCUAAAGGUACAAUGUUCUUGAAAUCUCUUGACUUGUCUGAUGUUCCUAAAACUGCUGAGAUUUUAUUCAAUGUUUUUUAUAAUGUCGUACAAGAAGUUGGACAUGCAAACAUUGUACAAUUUAUUACAGAUAAUGCUGCAAAUUAUAGAGCUGCAGGAGAUUUGUUAUUUCAAAAGUAUAGAACAUUUUAUUGGAGUCCAUGUGCCACUCAUUGUGCUAAUUUAAUGCUUCAAGAUCUUAAUGAGAUGCAUGAUAUGAAAUCAGCCAUUGACCAAUGUCAAGAGGUAACAAAAUUUAUCUAUAAUCAUGCAUAUGUAUUGAGUUUGAUGAGAAAAUUUACAAAAGGAGUUGAAUUAAUACGACCUGCACAAAAUAGAUUUGCCACAAAUGUAUUGACUGUGCAGAGUGUGGUGAAACAAAGAACUCCUUUGAGACAGAUGUUUGCUAGUGAAGAAUGGGCUGCAUAUCCACAUGCUCAUAAAAGAAAUGCUUCUUUAGUUGUGGAUAUUAUAUUCAAUAACGUAUUUUGGGAAUCAUGUGUGAAGCUAUUGAAGGUUUGUGUUCCAUUAGUUAAAGUUCUCAGGUUGGCUGACAGUGAGGACAGACCUUCCAUAGGGUACUUAUAUGAGGCUAUGGACAAAGCAAAAGAGGCAAUUCGAGACAACUUAAAGGAAAAGAAAAAGUUAUAUAUGCCCAUAUGGAAGAUUAUAGAUAAAAGGUGGACUGGACAGCUUCAUCAACCUCUUCAUGCAGCAGCUUAUUAUCUAAAUCCUGCAAUUAGAUUUUCUCCUACAUUUAAGGACAGAGAAGUCAUGCAUGGUUUGUUAGAUUGUAUUAAUGUGUUAGUGGAAGAUUCUACAGAACAAGAUGCUGUGCACAAUGAGUUGGAUCUAUAUGAUAGUUGUUUUCGGAACAUGGGACUACCUGCCGCCGUUCGAGCCAGGACAACGAUGCGUCCAGAUUUGUGGUGGAAUAGGUAUGGGUUUGAUUGUCCAAACCUAGCACGUUUUGCAGUCAAAGUCCUCAGCCAGACAUGCAGUGCUAGUGGAUGCGAAAGGAACUGGAGUGUGUUCCAACAUAUCCAUAGCAAAAAAAGGAAUAGGCUCGAACAUAAAAGGUUGAAUGACCUUGUCUUUGUUCGAUAUAAUAUGAGGUUGAAACAAAGAGAAUUGGAAAAAUCAUUAGCAAGGAAGCACACAUCUCAGUUCGAUCCUAUCAGCUUGGAAAAUUUUGACGAUCUAGAGCCAUGGAUUGAAGAAGAACCAGCUACAAUAUUUGAUGAUGAAGAUCUUGAAUGCUUCAACCUUGAAGCUGAAGCAACAGAAGGCUUUGUUGAUGAAGGAGAGUCUGCUACUGCUGGUGCUGAAUAUGUUGGUGAAGAUCUUCCAAUUCUUGACGAUGAAGAAGAAGAAGAAGAUGAAGAUGAAGAUGAUGAAGAUUAUGAAUGAUGAAUCAUGAAUGAGAGUCAAGUCAAGAGUGCUUUCAUUUUAUAUGUAUCAAAAACUGAAGAGUUAUGAAUCUAUGGUUGUUGAACACUUGAUUGAAUGUUUUAUGACUUUAUCACUUUAUGGCUUAUGGCCUUAUGCUUUGUUGAAUGAUAUUGUAUUAUUGUUAUGAAUUUUGAUGUUUAUGAAUGAUGAACGCGUAAGUUUAUAGCA